UUUCCGUUUCUAUUUUGAUUUUCUAGUUCGGCAAUGCCUGGGCGUAAGCCAUGGGUUCUCAGACCUUGGAAAUAUUACGUCAAGGCGUCUGGGCCUCUUUAACUGGCGGCUGGUUCUAUGACCCGCAUCAAAGUGUCUUCUGCAAUAUUGUCCAUUUGUAUUUGUGGCUGUUCUUGUUGUGUGCACCGUUCGUGGCGUAUUUAUAUUUUCCGGGAACAUGGCUGACAUGGUGCAUCUACAGCGUUCUGACCAGCUUGACGGUGUUGCUAUUGAAGGUGGCCAAUAUGGCAUUGCAUCGUUUGUACGAUCGAGCUCAGUCAAUGUCAGAGGCGAAUAUAAAGCAACAUUUUUUCAAGGUUACCAAGGAAACAUCGGCCGAAAGAAAUCGAGACAAUGAACCUGGCAUUGAAAUGAAGGUAAUACAUGAGGAUGGCGAAGUGGCCACCGAUGAUAUGGUUGCUUCAGUGGAGAAAGCCAUCAAUGAAAUUAGUGGAGAGAAUAGCAUGGUGUCCAUGGAAAAUGGAAAUAGUAUUAUUGAUUUAAAAGUUGAUGUACAUCGCAAAAACAGUUCCGAAUCCAUAGAAUUAAUGUUCUAUGCCCCGUCAAUGAUCUCAGGCAAUAGCCAACAGGAUCAACAAUCUUUGGUCGGCGCAACAAGUAAUUCAAAAUCAAUACGUUCCUCGCAUACGCCACAAGCCAAAUAUAUAAGUGUUUAUCCCAAAGAUAACAGUCCAAUAGCAAGUUCAUCAUAUGCCAGCAAUAGUCUUGUGCCAAGUGCUAGUGGUGGUGGAGCUUCGGCGAUGGCCACUGGUGGGCCAAGACCACCACAUUUAGUACGUAAAUCCUCGGAAAUUGUUCGUGGAAGUCACCAGAGAAGAAGACUGGAGCGUCAAUCAAGUUUAGAUGCGGCUGCAGAAUCUGCAAUUGUUGCCAAAUUAAUACAAAGACAAGUCAACGAAUCGAAUAAAGCAUCAACGGGCGGGGCAUCAGGAAAUGCAGAGAAAUGUGAUAGUUUUGUACACGCACAAGUAUCAAAAUCGGGAUCUGGAACGGCACCAUCUACAUCUUCAGCAGGACCACAGCAGCAGCAACUGGCACAACGAUCAAAUACAACGAGUUCAACAUUGAACGCCAUUCCGGCAUCCAACUCAAAUGUGUCCACAUCAGCAUUGAAGACUUCACGUUUACAGAGGCAUCGUUCCUCGGAAACGCAUGAUGAGCGACUGAAACAACAACAACGAAGUGGUGGUGGGGGCAUUUCUGGUAGUGGUGUUGGCACAAGUGGUCAUGGUGGUGGUGGAGUAUUUCUCUCCAUUCAUCAUGAACAUGGACGACAUCAUCCGCAUCACCGCCAUCAUCAUCACACGCACAGACGUGGUGGUAGUGGUGGUGGCGCUACCAUGGCGAGUAGCAGUGGUUCGGUAGCGAUAUUAGCCUCAUCCAGCAUUGGUGCCAGUGAAAGUUUUGAUGUGGACGACAUGGAGUUGGGAUUAGGUGGUAGUGCCAAUAUUGUUACUCAUGGGAGCCAUCUCAGCAGCGAUGGCAGAAUGCGUGCUUUGCCCUCAUGGAUUUUGGGUUCAUCUUCUGAUGUUUUCAUAGAAGAUGAUAGUUUUACCAAAUCCGAUUUGGGCAUCGAACAAUUAGAUGACCGUUCCACUGCCAAUUCAUCUCGUGCUGCUCUACUUAAUUCGCAUCCUCAUUCAAACCGCCUCAAUCAUCAAUCUAAAACUUCAUCGGGACGUGCCAAUAUUACAAAGGAUCCCAUUUAUACAAUCUCAGCCCUACAAUUACACAAACGACCGCGACGUGAAGGAGCAAUUAAAAGGCGUAGGCAUUCAAAUGCCACAGCGCUGUUUAAAACACCCAACGACAGUUCCUCGAAUGUGGGUCAGUUGCCAAGCAACACGACCACAGUGCGUCGCAUUAAAAGCACAGCUUUAGAAGUAGCCUGUCCGCGACCUUCAGUAUCGAAUCUGUGUCCACAUCCGAAUAGUGUGGAGGCCAUUAAUGGCCAACAGCAGAUAAAAAAUCCACAAAAUUCCCUCUUGCCACCUCCGAGCAAAUGUUUAGUACGUAAUCCCCACCUGAAUUUAUGUCCCAAAUUUGGGGGAAGUUUUGGUGGCAGUUCAACGAACAGUAGUCUGGAUUUUGGUUCCACAAAUGCCCUAAUAGAUCCAGCCUAUGAAAGCAGUAGGGAUAAAACGAAACAAGAGAACAAAUCGAAGAAAACUGCCGACAUCUCAGUCAACGACUCCGUUGAGAAUGACGAUACUCCUAUUGAACUGACAUUGGAUGAGGAUGAGACAUCUAUGGGUGCCGUGGGUGGUGUGUGUCCUCAUCAUUUUCUUCAUUCUCACCAUCAACAUCAAGCACAGCAACAGCACCAUCAUCAUCACAGUGCUGAGUCCGAUGUGGGCCAAAUACUAAACGAUACCAAAGACAAUGAUGAUGAUGACGACGACGAAGUUGAGGAUGCUGACGAGGGCGAUGAGGAUGAUGAGAAUGAAGUUGAGGAUGAAGAAUCCAUCGAUCCACGAAUUGAUACAACUGAAAGCAAUGAAGAUGACGAUGAUGAAUUCAAAGAUUUUGACUACAAUGUGGAGCAUAUACUGGAAGUACUUGAACACACCCAUAAUCAGUUGGAUGAUGAUUUACGAGCUCAAAAGCAGCAACAACAGCAGCAGAAACAGCAACAAGAACAACAGUUACAAAAACAACUGAAACUUGUUCAAGAUUUAUCGGAAACGAACAAAAGUAAAAAGUCUGAACAACCACCGACAAGGUCAACAUCUCACGAAACCCGUCAUGACAGCAUUGACGGAGACGGUGACGACGAUGAUGAUGAGGACGAUGAUGAUAACGAUAAUCGUGGCGCCCUAGCCAUGACCAGAGAACGUUUACAUUCCACAGAUUCGGAGACCGAUAACAAUGGCUCUCGAUCACCGUUGCUAAACAAUAAAAAAUGGGCCGUCACUUCAUCUUCCUCGCCCUCGACGACGACGAACAAAGAAAAGUCUAGUGAAAAGGCUCUGAGAGAUGAAAUUAAAAAUGUACAAAAACAAAAACAUUCCAUAAAGAAACAUCAAGCCAAUAUGCAAGCUUUGAAUAACCCCGAUGGUGAGGUUCAACCACCAGCGGUGGUUCCAUCCAAUGUCUCUCAAGCAUUCCCAUCACCUGCAGCAGCUCUUCACAAUCAACAACAGGCGGCGAAAGGAAAUGAAGCCGAUUCAGGUUGUCCCUCCAGCGAUUGCGAACAGAUUAGUGCCAGUUCCAAAGAUGUUCUACUCAACAUUUCAAAUGAGAAGGUACAUCAGGAGAAGCCGAGUAAAGUGCGAGAUGAUUUUCAGGAUAAUGUGCCAACCACCACUUCGAAUGCCAACAAUGGAGCUUCUUCCUCCAGCUCCAAUUCGAAUGUAAAUGUGGGCAAGCGUUUGGGUGCAAUACCCAAGCAAGUGCAAUAUCGCGAGAUAGAUGAACGCUCAACACAGGAUAGCAGUCACCACCAGAAUCCCUCCUGUUCCCAUCACAGUUACAAACGACAUGCGGGUAAUUGGAGUUCGGUGGCCCCCACACAAUCGAAUCAUGCUUCCGCUUCUGUUGCCGCCACUGGUCUCAAAGCAAUUUCGCGCACCUCCUCCUCAUCGAAUAGUUCCCACAGUGUUAGUGCGGAGUCUUUCACAGCUGACAUCCAGAAAAUGUUGUGGUUAAUGCAUGGCGGUUCAGUAGACGAAAGGGGCAGACCCAUAGAAAAUCCAGAGAAUUUGGCCUCCUUGCCCAGUUCGGUGAGUGGCACCAAUCAAGGCAAUAUGUCCAGUGCUCAUUUGCAAUUCUAUCAGGAUGCCUUGAAGGCCUUGAACUCGGCCUCAUCGGCUGAACGACUGGCAUUAACCGAACGUUUGUAUCAUCGGGAACAAUUGAUGCGGAGGAGUAUGCGCCAGAGAUUAGCUGGCGAUGCUGAAUCCAAUCAUAGCAAUGCUAUCGAACAAUGGCCUUUAGAUAGCAAUGCAGCCAUGUCUCACAUCAUGUCCGCCUCAUCAUCAUCCACGGCAGCUGCAGCGGCUGCCUCACGGACCGCUGCUCCAUUGACACAAGUAAUGAUUGAUUCUCCCUCUUCUUCGACAGUGCUUAACAACCGUAAUGUCAGCAGUGCCACCACAGUGUCGCUGAAGGGAUUCAUCCACGAAUUUAUCAACGAUGAGCUGCGCAACAUGGAAACCUCUCAACGGGUACAGGCUACACCGCUAAUUACGACCAACAAUCGAGCUGCCAUGGCUGCCAUACUGAAUGUAGAUGGAGCCCAUAUAGACAACUACUGUGACUAUUGGCGGCCAGCGUGUAUGUUGACCUCCGACAAGCCAGCAGUUACAUCAAAAUCCUUCUACAAAUACCGCCUCAAAUUGGGAUCGUUUACACAGGAAUUUAAAAUCUCUAUGGAUCGUUUGGAAUUGAUGGCUUUAUUUGAUCGUGAUAUCCAUUGGAUACACAUAGUCCUCUCUGUGGUACUAAGUGCUGCGGUGGCAUAUUUGGGAUCAUCAAUACUCCAGCUGAGCUAUUACAAAGAUGUGUUUGCAUUUCUGUUUUGUGCCGUUAUAGCCGGCUCACAAUAUUCUUUGCUGAAGAGUGUCCAGCCAGAUGCUGCAUCGCCAAUACACGGCUUCAAUAAGACGGUGGCCUAUUCCAGAGCAAUAUAUUUUUGCAUUUGUUCAUCGCUGUUGCUGAUGUUUCAAAGACUGAAAGAGGAAUAUGAUGCCGAAGCUUUGCAGGGUAUUGAAAUGAAACAAUGGGUAUUUUUUGGUGUUGCCUUCUAUCCGGCCCAGGUUAAUGGCUUGGUUCUACAAGCUCUCUAUAUAUUUCUGUUAAGUUUUCCGUUGAUAUUUUCGUUGGGCCUGUUCCCGCAGAUUAAUACAUUUACAAUGUAUUUAAUGGAACAAAUAGAUAUGCAUGUUUUUGGUGGAAAUGCAGCGGGAAGUUUAGUGGGUUCUAUACUCUGUGUUCUGCGAUCAAUUAUGGGUGUUUUACUACUCUAUGGACCAUUGUAUGCCGCCCUUAACGAAGGUAAAGGUACCCAGCACAUUAUUUUCUCCAUAUUUUGUGCUCUCCUAGUGCCCUUGGGUUACCAUCUUUCACGAUCGGCUAGUGAUUUUAGCCAUAUCUGGGCUCUCAUGAAACAUUGUAUUAUGUCCACGUAUCACGAAGAUGAUGAUGAGUUGAGUACGGCCAGUACUCAAAAGCUAACUGCCGGCAAAACGAAAAGGGGUUCAUCCAAGAAACGUGAAAGAGAAAAACAAGACAACGGCGAUAAAAGUAAAACAGGUGAAAACAUCGAAAUGUCUUCCUUGGAAAAACUACAAAAUGGCACAACACCAAGAAAUGAAACCACUGAUGAAUUGGAAGAAGCUGAUGGCGAGGCCGAGGAAGAAGAAGAAACCGAAACAAAUGAACUGUCCGAGGAUAAGGAUCAAAUGACUGAGAAAAGAAGUAAAUCGAAAGCUUCUUCACUGGGUAGUAGUACCCAGACGUUGGGUAAAACAACAAUGUCGACAAGUAAAAAGGCAAUAACGGCCUCCAGUAGUUCCUGUAAUACCAAUUUAGAAACUGAAAAUGUAAUGAAAGAGGUGGACGAGGUAACACCGUCAUCACUGCAACUACCACCCGUGAUAAGAGAGAGUACAGAAACCGACAUUGGCGUGCCAACAACUCCAGCAGCAGCUGCCGCAGCAACAACGGCGGCAGCAAAAGAAACUGACAUGGACAAAAUGUCUACUACCUCGACCACAAAUCCCGCUGAAAUAUCCACCUACACGGGAGUGAUACAAAAUGAAACGGAAGCCAAUGAAACCGAUGUCUUCGCCAUGAAUUGUCCUGACAAUGCCAACAGUGAAACUGAUAGCAAUGCUGCCGAUCCCUUGCCCAAAAAAUUACAACACACCGUGUAUACAAGGCUGAAGAAUGAUGUUGUUGUGACGAUAUUUUUGGCCGUUGUUGUCUUGGGUCUGCAUUGUAGCACAGUAUUCACGGUAUUGCAACCGGAUUUAAAUGUUGUCCUGUAUGGUUUUACCGGAGCGCUAGGAUUCCUGUUGCACUAUAUUAUACCACAAAUGCGUAAACACAUGCCAUGGCUGUGUUUUGCCAAACCCCUACUCAAACAAAAGGAAUACGGACGUUAUGAGGUGUCAAAUGCCCCGAAAAUUAUGUGGUUUGAAAAAUUCUACAUUUAUUUGUGUUUGCUGGAGAGAAAUGUUUUAUUUCCUCUGUUGGUUAUAUCUGCCUUGACGGCCGAUGCCACUGUGAUAGCUGUUAAAUAUGGUAUUGCAUGGGGUUCGGUUAUUGUGGCAGUGUGUGCUUUAAAAUUUAUUCGCAAUGCCUACUCGGAUCCCACAAAUCAGUACCUGAUUGUUAUGUUUACCGUUCUCUUCUUUCGUGUGGAUUUCGCCAUGGCAUCUGAAACAUUUCUAAUUGAUUAUUUCUUUGUAUCGUUGGCUUUUCGCAAAUGUUGUGAUUUCUUUUUGAAGCUACAAUUUAUUGUUACAUAUAUUGCUCCUUGGCAAAUUACAUGGGGCUCGGCCUUUCAUGCAUUUGCCCAACCAUUUAGUGUACCACAUUCGGCCAUGCUUUUCUUACAGGCCGGCAUAUCAUCGCUGUUGUCUACACCACUUAAUCCAUUUUUGGGUAGCGCAAUAUUCCUUACAUCCUAUGUACGACCGAUUAAAUUUUGGGAACGGGAUUAUAAUACGAGGCGCAUCGACCACUCCAAUACCCGUUUAAGUUCACAAUUGGAACGUGAUUUGGGUGCAGAUGAUAAUAAUUUGAAUUCAAUAUUCUAUGAGCAUUUAACACGCUCGCUGCAACAUUCGUUGUGUGGUGAUUUAAUAAUGGGUCGUUGGGGUAAUGUCAAUCAGGGUGAUUGUUUUGUAUUGGCCUCGGAUUACCUCAACUGUUUGGUGCACAUUAUCGAACUGGGCAAUGGUUUGUGUACAUUUCAAAUGCGUGGAUUGGAGUUUCGCGGAACCUAUUGCCAGCAGCGUGAAGUUGAGGCCAUUACCGAAGAUGUCGAGGAUAAUGAUGGCUGUUGUUGCUGUGAUCCGGGACAUUUGCCGCGAAUGUUAAGUGCCAAUGCAAUGUUUUCCACACGAUGGCUGGCUUGGCAAGUUGUGGCAUCACAAUACGUUGUGGAAGGUUAUUCAAUUUCGGAUAAUUUAGCCAGCACCACACUACAGGUGUUUGAAUAUCGAAAAGUUCUUAUUACCUAUUAUGUUAAGAGUAUAAUCUAUUAUGUCAUUAAAAAUCCCAAAUUGGAUGAAUGGCUAAGUUCAACAGUGAUACAAGAAGCCUUACAGCACACUCUCAGCCGUCAAUUUGUAGAUUUGGAUCCAAUUUUCAAUUUCAAUCUAGAUGAAGAUUUUGAUUUUCGUGCUGUUGGCAUAACGCGCACCAGCUUCUGUUAUGUCUAUUUGAGUUGGCUUAAUUACUGCUAUGACAAACGUAAGGAAAGUUUAAAUCCCACACCUACAGCAUCCAAUGGACCAACAAAUCAAAAUCCAACACCCACCGCCUCACAAGCUGGUAUUACGAUGCAACAGCCAACGGCUGCCGUCUCAACGACCACCAUAGCCAGUACACCAAAUCUAUCGACAGCUCAACAAAAGUCACAAUCACAACAGCAGCUAAGAAUACGUCCACAAAAAAGUGCAACAAUGUCGGGUAGUAAUGAAGUGGUUGUAAACUCCGUUGAACAAAUGGCCACCUCGCAUUCGUUGGCAAAUAUAUCGCGUCAGGCAUCAGAAAGUGCUCCAGGUCUGACCUCAACAUCAACACCCUUGACGCGAUCCAGCAAGUCGGCUCCUUCCGGUAGUAAGCAUUCAUAUCAGAAAAGUGAUUGUUCUCCUUCGGCCAGGCCAGAAGGUAGAGCAGCCUCUGCGGAACCUUCUCGCGGUUCAUCUUCAGAGAAACCCCCUCCAAUUAAACUUAAAGUACCUUCAAUAGCUAAAGAUUCGCCCAUUGUUUCGUUAUGUUUGGCUCUAAGCCUUUUGGCCCGUCGAUCUUUGGCAACAGCUUCACACAGUUCCAUGACGGGUGUGGAGUUUUUCCUGCAUGGUUUGCAUGCCCUGUUCAAAGGUGAUUUCCGCAUUACAUCACCCCGCGAUGAAUGGGUGUUUGCCGAUAUGGAUUUGUUACAUGCCGUUGUAGCGCCAGCUGUUAAAAUGGCCUUGAAGCUUCAACAGGAUCACAUCUCGAAUCCUGAUGAAUUUCGAGAUCCGGAUGCUUUAUACGAUGCCAUUGAUACCAGUGCCAAGGAUUUGGUUAUAUCGCAUGAGGCCGAUCCUGUGUGGAGAAGUGCAGUUUUACGCGGAGCCCCCAAUUUGCUGGCACUGCGUCACGUCAUGGAAGAUGGUUCCGAUGAAUAUCGUAUUAUACGUUUGACGAAACGUUUCCUUACCUUCCGUGUCAUCAAACUGAAUAGGGAAUGUGUUCGUGGCCUGUGGGCCGGGCAACAACAGGAACUGAUCUAUUUGCGUAACCGCAACCCCGAACGAGGAAGUAUUCAGAAUGCCAAGCAAGCCUUGCGUAACAUCAUUAAUUCCAGCUGCGAUCAGCCAAUUGGUUAUCCGAUCUAUGUUUCACCACUGACUACCUCGUAUGCCGAUACCAACGAUCAAUUAAAAAAGGUUGUGGGUGGACCCAUUACCCCUGAGGCGAUAAAAACAAAUAUUUUGGACUGGUGGCAUCAUAUACGGGAAAAAUGUCGCCAAGGUUGUAGUUCCGGCUCCUCGAUGGAGACCACCACCCACCUGGGUCUGCCAUCGGGUGCCUGCUCGAAUUCCGGUGAAAGUGGUGACCUAAGACCAAUGUAUAUAUCUCCUCCCAUAUAUAAUACACUCACCGCCAGCACAAUGUUUAGUCGAGCCACAGCAGCAACUGGUGUGCCUGGGGCCACUUUGAGUUCUCAAUUUGGCAGUGAUGGUCUGUCCUCAAUGCGCAGUUCUAUGAAUGUUAUGAAACCCUCUUCCACCACACUGCUGGCUGGUCUCCUCAACCGGGAACAGGAAAUAUUACGUGAAUCACGCACAAACAAGCAGCUGUUGUCUUCUUCUUCGGUACGUAGCUCCUCCGAACGUGAGCGGAGGGCAACACUGCCAAUAGCCAGUACUAGUUCGGUAUUGCCAGAAGUCAUUAAAGAUUCGGAUGAUUCGUCACAAACGUUGGACAAAGAUGUGUCCAGUGAUAAUAUGGCUGGAGCUGCGGCCGCCGUUGUCAACAACAAUAAUAAUGCGGCCAAUGGUGGUAGUCCACGUUAUACAAAAAUCUAUUGUUCCUCGGGCAAUCUGGGGAUAGGUAAUAUAAUUACCACUCCCGGUGAUUACCCGCGCAAAACAAAAGGUCCGAUUUGUUUAACGGCUGCUGCAGCAGGUGUGGGUGCAGGCACUACAACGGCAACGGCUACAGCAAUGGAAAGUGGUUCAGGAUUGUUGGGUAGUGGUGUUGGUGGCGCAGGAGUUGGAGAGCAAAAUUCAACCACAACAACUGGAGGUUCUGUGGCAUCUUAUAGUCGCAGUAGUAGCAAUGAAGGGGCCCAGCCCAGGUUUGCCUUGUAUGAAAAAGUGAUAAUCGUGGAUGAAAGAGAGAUUUUCCACAACAUUGAUCAGUGUCGCCGUAUUGUCUGGCCCUUUGAAGCUUUGCGCCAAAAGGGCGGCCGCCUUUCAUGGGAUGGCUGGGAACCACGAGCCGGCAUGGUCGGCUAUGUCAUUCACAUCUGGCGUCCAAAUCAUCCAAAUAAAGUUUGUCGUACACCCCUCAAUCGUGAUGUGUAUUUGAUUGAGAUUGGUGAAAAUUAUGUACCCGUUACGGCCAGUGGUCUGCGCCAAUACAAUCAGGCCAUGGACAGUGUUCAAAAAGAAAUGGAAACAUCAAGGCGUAACUCUUUGCAGAGAGAAAUGGCUGAACUGAGGCAACAGCAGGUGGAUCGUGGUCUAACACCAAUAUUGGGCAGCAGUCUAGAAUCUCCAACAUCGCUAUUGGCCGGCGAGGGUGGAACACGUGGCGGUAGUAUCAGCGGCAAGACUGGUGGUAUACAGGCGGUGAGUAGUAGUAGUUCCGAAGAUGAAAGUUGUCUUAUGAAUUUGGAAAAAGAACGUCAGGAAGAAUAUCUAAAACAGUUAUGGCAACAGGUUGUGGAACAGGAGAACAAGGAUAAAGAAAGGGAGCGUGAUGAUGAUGAUUGUGAUGGGGUGGUGAUGGCCGUGAGUAGGGAAAGGGAUGUCUUGCCAAGCCAAUCCACAAUAGAUACGGAAAACGAAGUAUCCUCACCAAGUGAGGAGAAAUCUUCAACACAAGAAGAAAGUAAAUUGUCCGAAAACACCACCACCACAACAACAGCAGUAACAUCAGGUGAAAAAGAUUCCAUUAAUGAGGAAAUCUCAUUGGAAAAACUGACCACUUCGUCAUCACAAAAUUCAAAUAUUAGCAAUAGUUGUACUGCCAAGGAUUUGGUUGAACAUUUGGUGGAUGCCAUCUGUGAUACAGUUGUUAUUGAAGAAAUUGGAAUUGAUGUUGACGAUGACGAUGAGAAUUUAGAGAAUUUACAGGCCACGAGUACGACGAGGCAGGAAUCCACUGAGAAUGUUGAUCUUUGCGAGGCAAAUAAAAUGGAAAAUGAACCAAAAGCUAUUGCUGCUGACAAAACAAAAGAAGAGAGUACAGAUGUUUAG